CCUGUGGAUGGGUCAGUUGGACAUACACGACUCUUAAAUGAAGUGACCCCAGCCAGGUGUUAACCCGGUGUGUAUCCACCAUGUUGAAUGGGGUGUUCAGGCUGCAUGGCCUGAUGGUGGCGUCUCACCCCUGGGAGGUGAUUGUGGGCACCAUUGCCCUGACCGUCUGUCUCAUGUCCAUGAACAACCUGGCCACUAGCGACCAAAUCUGCAGCUGGAGCAAUGGCUGUCCCAAACUACAGGAGAGAAUCCUAAACAGUGAUGUAAUCAUUCUAACGGUGACACGCUGCAUGGCCAUCGUGUACAUCUACUUUCAGUUCCAGAACCUUCGACAGCUGGGCUCCAAGUACAUCCUUGGUAUAGCGGGUCUCUUCACAGUAUUCUCCAGCUUUGUCUUCAGCACCGUGGUCAUUCACUUCCUGGGGAAAGAGUUGACAGGCCUAAAUGAAGCUCUGCCAUUCUUCCUGCUCCUCAUUGACCUGUCCAAGGCCUGUACCCUGGCCAAGUUUGCCCUUAGCUCCAACUCACAGGAAGAGGUGAGAGAAAACAUCUCUCAGGGCAUGGCUAUCCUGGGACCUACCUUCACCCUGGAUGCCUUGGUGGAGUGUCUGGUCAUUGGAGUGGGCACCAUGUCAGGUGUGCGUCAGCUGGAGAUGAUGUGUUGUUUCGGCUGCAUGUCUGUCCUGGCCAACUACUUUGUCUUCAUGACCUUCUUCCCUGCCUGCGUCUCCCUGGUCCUCGAGCUGUCCAGGGAGAGCCGCGAGGGCCGUCCCGUCUGGCAGCUGAGUCACUUUGCCCGUGUUAUGGCUGAAGAGGAGGACAACAAACCAAACCCUGUUACACAGAGGGUUAAAAUAAUCAUGUCUCUAGGUCUGGUUCUGGUCCAUGCCCACAGUCGUCUGGUGUCAGAGCAGCCAGGUCAGAACCGGACAGUGGAGGGCGCCAGCAGUAGUCUAGCUCUCGAUGGGCCUACAGUCCAGAGGAUGGACCAAGACUUCACUCUCUGGCCAAUACCGCUCACCAGUAUGGAGCUGGAGCAGGUGAUAACCCUGGGUCUGGCUCUGCUGCUGGCUGUGAAGUACGUCUUCUUUGAGCCGGCUGAGACAGAGUUGUCCCUAAAAAGCCCCAUCUCCAACUCUAUCUCCGCCCCUGCACUGAGCCAUAAGGGGGCUGAGGACUGCUGCAGGAGGGAUCCUGCACCUGUUAAAAUAUCCCCGACAACCAACAGCACCCCAAACCCUUUGGCUAAAACUGAUUCUAACAUAGCAGCCAAAGAGGAAAGAGUUGAGGUGAUUCAACCCCUGGUGGCCUCAAUGGUGCAGAACGGUCCCUUCUCUCUGAAUGGACCUCUUCCUCAGAGUUUAGGGGACAGUGCCCCCCCCCCACCUUCUUUCUUUACCCCAACUCCAGACACAACUACGUCUCUCCCCAACCCCCCCUCCCAGCCCCGCUCCCUGGACCAGUGUCUGUCCAUCCUCAGAAACCCUGAGUUGGGCGCUCGUUUUCUUAGCAAUGCCGAGGUGAUGGAGCUGGUGACAUCACGGAACAUCCUGACCUAUAAGCUGGAGGCUGUCAUGGAAACACCAGAGAGGGGCGUGGUCAUCCGGAGAGAGAUGCUAUCAUCCAAACUACCAUCACCCUCUGCCUUGGCUUGUCUUCCUUACAAGGACUAUGACUACACUAAGGUGAUGGGCACCUGCUGUGAGAACGUUAUUGGCUACAUGCCCGUGCCAGUGGGCGUUGCUGGCCCUCUCCUAUUGGAUGGGAAGCAGUUCCAUGUUCCCAUGGCAACAACAGAAGGCUGCCUUGUGGCCAGCACAAACAGAGGAUGCCGGGCCGUCGCUUUGAGUGGCGGUUGCAGCAGCAGGGUGCUAGCUGACGGUAUGACGCGGGGUCCUGUUGUACGGCUGCCCUCAGCGUGCCGGGCUGUAGAGGUCAAGGCCUGGCUGGAGACCACAGAGGGCUUCAGGACCAUCAAGGAUGCCUUCGACCACACCAGCAGGUUUGCCCGUCUGGACAAGCUAUUGGUAGGUCUAGCAGGGAGGAACCUCUACAUCCGCUUCCAGUCCCACACUGGAGACGCCAUGGGCAUGAACAUGCUCUCUAAGGUCAGACUAUGCUGUGUGUGUGUGUGUGUGAGUUACCAUUCUAAAAGGUAAUGCAGUAAAGGUGUCCAUUUUAGAGAGGCUACAUUCUUCAGAGGAAUUACUUACUGGUGAUGGAAUGGACUAACAAGAAUGCUGUUUCUGGUGUCUAAUACCACAUAUGAACUGUCUCUGUGUGUGUCUGUAGGGUACAGAGCAGGCAGUGGGCAGACUCCAGCAGCAGUUCCCUGAGCUUCAGGUUCUAGCGGUGAGCGGAAACUACUGCACUGAUAAGAAACCUUCAGCCAUGAACUGGAUCCUGGGCCGGGGAAAGUCUGCUGUGUGUGAGGUCACCGUCCCCGCCAGGGUGGUCCGAGAGGUCCUAAAGACCAGUACUACUGCCCUAGUAGAGUUGAACAUCAAUAAGAAUCUAGUGGGCUCAGCCAUGGCUGGUAGUAUAGGAGGCUUCAAUGCUCACGCUGCUAACAUCGUAGCUGCCAUCUACAUUGCCUGUGGACAGGACCCAGCCCAGACAGUGGGCAGCAGUAACUGUAUAACUCUGAUGGAGCAAGCAGGUCCUGAAGGAGAGGACCUGUAUAUCAGCUGUACCAUGCCCUCUAUAGAACUGGGCACUGUAGGAGGGGGAACCAACCUGGCACCACAACAAUCCUGUCUACAGAUGCUGGGUGUGCAGGGUGCCAGUCUAACUGGUCCAGGGGAUAAUGCCCGUCAGUUGGCCAGCGUGGUCUGUGCCACAGUCCUGGCAGGAGAACUGUCUCUGAUGUCCGCUCUCGCCGCCGGACACCUCGUACAGAGUCACAUGACCCACAACAGAUCUCAAGCCAAUGUGCCACAAAUAGCUCAGUCCCACUUAGAGGAGGCUGCGUGACAGAUACAUUACAACCAAUCACAAUGAGCCUUCUAGUGAUAGAGGACCUGCAGUGAAUUCUGGGAGCUGAGGAUUAGCCCAGUGUGAGCAUUCUCCUUUCAUCUCAGAGCAUCCAGCCUGCAACAAUACAUCCUCCUACCCAGAAGAUGGCUGCUGUUCAUUUUAUUUCAACAGAAAUAAAACUGCUAAUGGAACAGUUUUGGAAAGGAGUGGUUUGGGCUGGACACUCUGGGGGAGAAGUACUUCUGUCUGCUGCUAACCUCAGAGAUAUCUGACUGGUUAAUACACUGUGCAGAAUGGAACUCAAAGGACUCUGUUUAUUCACUGUGUGUGCAGUGGGAUUGUCUGAAUGGGGGAAAAAAAGAUUUUGUAUUUUAUUAUUUUUGAUUUUUGCAAAUUCACAAAUGUGCCAUUGUCUUUAAAAUGGCCACUGGAAUCAUGUGGACAGACUGACGAAGUUGAAAUUAGAAUUUAAUUUGCAGAAGCAUUUGGUCUUUAAUGGCUGUGUGCCCACAGCCACACAACCCCCUAUGUCAUGGACAACAGGUUUGUUGUGAUCAAAUGCCCUGAAGCAAUAUUUUUAUUUAUUUAUGGGUACAUUCUAGAGGCACACAUUCAGUGUAUGUGCAGGUGAUCAGCUUCUUACAGUAUCUGGAGAAGUGCCAGGGCAAUAUACUGUAAUCUGUGCAGGAUUGGGCAGAAUGCAACCCAAAUCUUCUGACUAAAUCUUUGGUUAAAACGUUGCUAAGGGCAAGAUGUUUUGCACUAAGUUGACAAAUAGUUGUUUGAGGCAAGCCUAGUAUUGCCGUAGAUAGUUUAGUUUCAAAUUAAACCUGCCAUACCUCGUGAUUUUAAUGUAUGAAUUUGUUUUAUCAAUAAUGUUGGAUAAAUGUCAAACCAAGGUGCUAGCUAUAAUGUGAGUGUACAGUAUGAUUUAAUGAUUGAGUGUUCUUGGUCUGAGUAUAUGCCUUACACUGCAGUGUUUUGCGGUACCUUUUUAUUGGGAAUGUGUAAGAAAUGGUUUGAUUCAAUCCGUAGCACUGAAAAUCCGCCGUAUAGCACAACUUGAAAUUUGAGCUGACAUAUGCAGUGUUGAAACAUUGCCUUUUAAAUUUCAAUUGCGCUAUUAGUCUGCCUUUUAAAUGGUGUCUAAACCACUACAGUUGAGGUUUGGGACUAAAGUUGCAUUGCUUCAGCGAGUGUUUAGAUGUAUGUGGGAAUACCGGAUGAAACAAAGCCAUACAAGUCGCCUUCAAUAAACUGCUUUUAAGAGA